AUGUCGACGCCCACGACGACCGUCGCCACGCUGCCUCGCUAUCACUCCCACUCCCACUACCACCACCCGCCGCCCUAUCCGCACCAGACCCCGACCCAGAGCCAGCAUCAUAGCAGCAACGCCCUGGGCUCCGCUGCCAACUACUGCUCCUUGCCUGGCUUUGUCCUGCCCCCGGCCACGCCUUCGUCGACAUCUUCGUCGGCCGCUGCCGCCGCCGCCGCCGCCGCCGCUCGUCUGUUGCCCUUCUACCAGCCCGUCAGCAACGCAGCCUCGUCCUCGACGGAUGCCCUGGCCCCGUCCUCGGUCGCUCAACUCCAGUCGUCAGCGCCGCCUCGCCCCCCACCGCAUGGCCUUCACCGCAGCCUUGCCGACGACCACCACAAACAACAAAUCCCAUCCCCGGCCCCUCGCCAUCUCGAGAGCCACUCGUCGACAAUGUCGAGCACUGCCGCCCUCAACGACCAGCCCUCGCGGAAACGCCGCCGCUCCCGCGAGCCCGACUGGAACACCUUUUACAGAAAUGGCCUCCCCAGCGAGGUCAUUGUCAUUGACGACACCCCGGAGCCCGAGGCCAACAUGGGCCGCAAAAUGGUCAACGCCGCACCUCGCGACCUGACCACGCAGCAGCCGGCAAAGAGGAUGCGACGGGACGACGUCCUCGAGGCCACCCCCCGCAAUGCCGGCUAUCACGUUCAAUAUGCCGCGUCACACAACAACACGCCCCUUCAGAACUCUACCCCCAUCGGCUCCACCCUCUCGAGCGUCCGUACCAACUCGGCACUGCAUACCACGGCACCUACCUCGCUCUCCUCCAACAGCCAGUACGAGGAUGUCCAGGCGCCGCUCAAGCGGAAGCGCACUCGUCAGCAGGUCGCCAACGAGGCCAAACGUCGAGACGUCGACGGGCUGGGCGAUGCUUUCUUCACCUACAAACCCCCGCCCUACUCACCCAAGAAGGCCUCGGAUGUCCACGUCCGUGUCGUCCACGAUCGCCUUCACGAUAAGAAUUACAAGGUCGACGACGAGGAUGGCCAUUACAUCGUGGUGCCCGAUGCCGAGUUGACCGACAAAUAUCAAAUCACGCGUCUGCUCGGACAGGGAACCUUUGGAAAGGUCGUGCAAGCCCGUGACCGCAGGCGCAACAAGCUCGUCGCCAUCAAGAUUAUCCGCUCGGUCCAGAAAUAUCGCGAUGCUUCGAGGAUCGAGCUCCGGGUGCUAGCCACGCUCAAGGCCAACGACGAGGAGAACCGGAACCGGUGCAUCCACCUGAGGGAUUGCUUCGAUUACCGUGGCCACAUCUGCAUCGUCAUGGAUCUUCUCGGUCAGAGCGUGUUUGACUUUCUCAAGGGCAACAGCUUUGUGCCUUUUCCUAACAGCCAGAUCCAGAGCUUUGCUCGCCAGCUCUUCACCAGCGUUGCCUUCCUUCAUGACCUCAACUUGAUCCACACGGACUUGAAGCCUGAGAAUAUCCUUUUCCGCCAAGCCACGCAACGUCGAGUCCUGCUCGACACGGAAAUCCGCCUCAUCGACUUUGGCUCGGCCACGUUUCAAGAUGAAUAUCAUUCUUCGGUCGUGUCUACCAGGCACUACCGCGCUCCCGAAAUCAUUCUCGGGCUAGGCUGGUCUUACCCCUGUGAUAUUUGGAGCAUCGGGUGUAUCCUCGUCGAGUUCUUUACCGGCGACGCCUUGUUCCAGACGCACGAUAACCUCGAGCACCUGGCCAUGAUGGAGGCCGUCGUGGGUCGACGUAUUGACCCAUAUCUCGUCCAGGCAGUCAACAAGAUGUCGACUCGCAGCGGUGGGAAUCCCGCGUCAAAAUAUUUCAAGCGUCUCAAGCUGAGCUAUCCUACCCCGGAAACCACGCGCGGAUCUCGACGAUUCGUCAAGGCCAUGAAGCAUCUUAACGACGUGAUUCCAUCAAACACCGCCUUCUUUAAGAAUUUCCUUGAUUUGUUGAGCAAGAUUUUCGUCUACGAUCCCGCGCAGCGCAUCACCGCCAAGGAGGCUCUGAACCACCCGUGGUUCAAGGAGAUGGCUGUUCCUGACGACGGGACUGAGGCGGCAAAGAUUCGGCUGGAGCGGAGACGAGCCGAGCAGGAGCACUUGCGGCAAGCCCAUUAUGUCGGCUGA